CACACGCACAUUACCUGCAGGAGAGGACCAACAAACACGGCAUUUACAUCACCUAGAUGAUGACUGAGGAGAAGAGUCGAGCGGUGUGGGUCGUGCUGCUCCUCGUCGUCGUGAGUUUGUCCGGCGGCGACGGGCUGAGCGGUCCGGACUGCAGCUCGUCAACCACGGAGGCGAACAGCGCUAUGUGUUUACCGCCGGCCGUCAUCGACCCACUGAGAGCGGGACAGAGCCAGAAACAACACCUGGAGGCGCUGUUCAACAGAUAUGGAGAAAACGGCACCAUCUCUCUGGCCGGUUUAAAGCGUCUCCUACACAACGUGGGCUUGGGUCGCAUCAGGACUGUUACGGUGCAGCAUCACGAGCAGCCGGGUCACCAUGACGACCACGACCAUCCCCACCAGCAUCACCACCACCACCACCAUCACCAUCACGAUCAUGAUCAUGAUCAUAAAGGCCACAGUCACCACCACCGUCCCCAUGACGACCACCAGAAACACGGAGAGCCGUCUCAGCCCGGAAAGACGACGAAGAGCGCCGACGCGGCCAAAGAGCAGGACGGCGGCGCGGGGAAGAAAGCGGAGAACCCCGACAGCCAUAAUAAACUGUACGAUAAGAAGGCGGCGUUGGCGGCGCAGGAGGUCGAGGCCACGGCCGAGUCCAACGCUCAGCUGGUGGCGAAACCAGACGACGCUCCGAAGAGACGGAGCGAUCAACCUGGAGGAGAGGAACCGACCGCUGCCAGACUGGUGACGGAAACUCAGACACAAACUGCAGCGAGGCGAGUGGACGAUCACGACCACGACCACGAUCACGAUCACGGACAUGACCAUGAACACGGACAUGACCAUGACCACGUGGAUCACGAUCACGACCGCAACCGAAGUCUCCCCGCUGAAGAGUGUCUGAACGCCUCCAGCAUCCUCUCCUCACAUGGGAUGACUCAGGAAGUAGGCGUAACCCUCGGCGACUUCAGCUUCCUGUGUCCCGCCCUCCUCAACCAGAUCGACAGCGGAGCGUGUAUCCUGCACAACCAGAGAGAUCAUAAACAUCAUAAACAUGCUCACGAUCACCAUGGCGACCACAACCACAACCACUCAGACCACGGGCACGACCACAACGAGCACGGCGGUGUAGAAAACGGCAAAAACAUUGCAACAGCGUGGAUCGGCGGCAUCGUGUCCAUCACCAUCAUCAGCUUGCUCUCGCUGGCCGGAGUCGUGCUCAUCCCGCUCAUGAACAGAGUCUUCUUCAAGUUCCUCCUCAGCUUCCUGGUGGCGCUGGCCGUCGGCACGCUGAGCGGCGAUGCCUUCUUACAUCUCAUCCCUCAUUCUCAGGGCGGACACCAUCAUCACCACCACAACUCCUCUGGGGACGUGGAGGGGCAUCUUCACUCCCACGACGAGGACGAGGAAAACCUGGACGGAGUUUGGAAAGGUCUGACGGCUCUGAGCGGAGUCUACGUCAUGUUUCUCAUCGAGCACUUCCUCACGCUGGGGAAGAUGUACAAGGACAAGAAACAAAAGAUCCAGAAGAAGUGGGAUCAGAACGACAAAGCGGAUCCAGAGAAGCAGCCGGCUCUGGAGGAGAACGACCUGAAGCCAACUGAAGAUGUGGAGACUAACGGCGGCACGUUCGGCGACCACUCGAGCAGCCUCCACGGCGGCAGCGUGGCGGAGGAGGAGGAGGUGAUGUUGAAUCCACAGGUGUCCAUCGUGUCGCCGCAGGGUUACGCCCGAGUGCCUGGCGGAGCCGCCGCCUACACCGACGAGGACUGCGAGAACAAAUGCCACUCCCACUUCCACGACACGGUGGGCCAGACGGACAGCAUGCACCACCAUCACCAUGACUACCACCACAUCCUGCACCACCACCACUCCCAGAACCAUCACCCGCACAGCCACUCGCACUCGUACUCGGAGCAGCACUUCCAGCAAGCUGGCGUGGCCGCGCUCGCCUGGAUGGUCAUCAUGGGAGACGGGCUGCACAACUUCAGCGACGGCCUCGCUAUCGGAGCUGCGUUCACUGAGGGUUUGUCCAGCGGUCUCAGCACAUCUGUGGCUGUUUUCUGUCACGAGCUGCCUCAUGAGUUAGGUGACUUUGCAGUGCUGCUGAAGGCCGGUAUGACGGUGCGUCAGGCCAUCCUCUACAACGUGCUGUCGGCCAUGAUGGCGUACUUCGGCAUGGCGACGGGAAUCGUGAUCGGACACUACGCAGAGAACAUCUCCAUGUGGAUAUUCGCCCUCACGGCGGGACUCUUCAUGUACGUGGCUCUGGUGGACAUGGUGCCAGAAAUGUUGCACAACGACGCCGGUGACCACGGCUUCAGCCACUGUGGCUUCUUCCUGCUCCAGAACGCCGGCAUCCUGCUCGGCUUCUGCAUAAUGCUGCUAAUCGCCAUCUUCGAGCACAAAAUCCAGCUGGACCUGGGAUACUGAAACACGGAGAGCGUUUCGAUCCUGAAGCUCCACCUGCAUUCCAGCGUCUGCGUCAGAAGUGUAGCGUAGUUUUAUUUUAUACUUCUUUGUUCUAGACAGUCAG